CGCGGGCCUCCGCCGUGAAGCAUGGCCGCGGCGGGAGGGGGCGGGGCGCGCGGCUGUCCCACGCUGCCGCUCGCCAAUGGCCGGAGCAUUCCGGUGCUGGGGCUCGCAGAAAGACAAGUCUACUAGAAAUGCUAAAACCAGCUGACUUUCCUGAGACACCUACCAAUUAUUGUACUUCCCAUCAAGGUGGCUAUUCCCAUGAUGCUGUGGUCCACGCAUUACAAAAAUGUGGCAUUCGUCAUAUUGACACAGCAAAAAGAUAUGGCUGUGAAUCUCUCCUCCAAAAAGCCAUCAAAGAAAGCAGUGUGAAGCGGGAGGACCUCUGGAUAACUACCAAACUGUGGCAUAGUGAUUAUGGCUAUGAAAACACAAAAAAAGCCUGCUUGGAGUCAUGUGAAAGACUUGGUGUUGAGUAUCUUGAUCUUUAUUUAAUACACUGGCCUGAUGCACAUGUUCUGGGUAAAAGCAAUCGAGAGGUCCGAGCUGAAACCUGGAGAGCGAUGGAGGAGCUCUAUGACAAAGGUUUGUGUAGAUCAAUUGGUGUAAGCAACUUUCUUAUCAGUCAUCUUGAGCAACUAAAGGAAGACUGUAUGAUUACUCCACAUGUUAAUCAAGUUGAAUACCACCCUUUCCAAAGACCUCAGGAGCUAGUGGAUUAUUGUAGGACCAGAGAUAUUGUUUUUGAAGGCUACUGUCCUUUAGCCAAAGGUGAAGCACUCACUCAUCCUACUAUCAUUCAGCUGGCAAAGAAAUACGGCAGAACUCCAGCACAGAUUUGCAUACGCUGGAGUAUACAGAAUGGGAUUGUCACUAUUCCAAAGUCCACAAAAGCAGAAAGGAUACAGGAAAACUUCAAGGUCUUUGAUUUUACAAUAGCAGAAGAUGAUAUUGAAAUUCUGAAUGGAAUGCAUGAUGGGCGACAUGUGUCCUGGGACCCAAGCCUUAUUGUGUGAAUGAAGGUUUUUUAUUUUAAUCUGAGGGAAGAAGAUAUGGAAUUUUCGAAUGCUAUGAAUAUCAACAGAAAAUUAAUUCAUCUAACCUAUCCACUGUGGAAAGGAUAAUUUAAAACCAGAUUGUUCUAUACUACAAAAAUGGUGCAAGUAAAACAUUAAUUAAACUGAACAAUGGAUCUAAAUUGUUAUCUUGGGUACUCAGUACCUAAUAAAUAUCAAUCAAGAAUCACUAUCAAUGGCUUGUAUUUACUGUUAGGUUAACAAAUUAAUAAAAUCAUUUGGUUUACUCUUUUCUUCGGUGCUUUUGUACAGAUACAGAAAUGCUUACUUUCAGCAUUGUCUCUGUUUUUGCGGAACUUUCUGGCAUAUUCUCCCAGUAUGGGUUGAGCUAUCUCACAAUAUUAUAAUUAAGUUUCUUUUGCCUGCAUGUGCUUAAUUUAAGGUGUUAUUUUAACCCAUUUGAACAAAUUAGCUUGUGUGGUUUGGGGUUGUUUUGGUUUUUUUCCUUUAUAGAUUUGGAAAAGUAUUAGUUAUUCUUGGUACUUUCUUUGUGAGCAAAGCUGUUUCAAGGAUCGCCUGUGUUGACCUAGCACAUCAGGGAGGAAUGGCUCUGGUUUGUGGCCAAAGUUGAGUCAGGAUGAAUAGAAGUACUUUUUGCUUAUAUAAAGAUUUUUGAAGAUGCAGAAGAGUAAUGUGUUGGAGAAAAAUCCUUUGCUAAUCUGUCUCACAGGGAUUUUCUGUAUCUUUUCAAGAUGAAUAACGUUCACACACUGCUUUGAUGCAACUGUGAGUUGUCCAGAACAGUACUGUCUUCUGGUGGUGUCAGAGGCCACCCAUCUAUUAGUACGCAGGCUUUAGGAACACCCCAGCUUCCAACUUCUUUUCUGACAAGAUCUCAAAGCAUUUUCCUGCAAGAAAAUUGCCCUGUGACUAGCCAGGUUUCUGAAAUCCCCACCACACUGAGUUCCGGUAGGAAGUUCAAGACCUUUGGUUGUCACAGGAGGUCAAUUUUUUUUUUUGUGCCAGACCCUGAAACAUGAAUUUCUGCUCAUCCUAAAAACUCGAGUAUCUAAGAGCAUAUACGUAUUCAGGAUCCCUGUGAACAAAAGUGUCUGCCUAUUUAUGCUUGUGCGCAUGUUGCAGAAACUUUUUUGUAACCAGUUUACGCAGGUUAAGCUGCUUUUAUGUAUGUUUGGUGUCAUAAUGUGCACAGCCCUCCGCAACCCCCCCCUCCCCUUCCAUUUGACUGAGGCCUGCAUUCUGGUUGUUUCAGAAAUGGUGCAUGAAUAACAUUGUGUUGUCCUUUCUCCUUGUUCUGACUGUAGGUGAUUCAGAGUCAAGUUCUGAGAGGAGCUAUAUAUACCCUGGAUUUCUGUAUUGUAUUUCAUAGAAGUACAAGCUUCCUUACCACGGGACCUUGUGGUUGGUGAGGCACUGAGAAAAGUUCUCAUUCUGUUGGUAGGGAUGGAGUAUAACCCUGGCGUAAAUCACUAAACGCCUACCAUUGUACUUUUGGUAGCCUUGGCUGGACCAACCUGAAUUUACCUCUGUUUGUGUUUCAGCUCUUGUAAGCAGGGUACAAUCUGUGCAGCUGAGCCAUGUUAACCUGUCAUCUCUGAGGUUUUAGACAGCCGUCAGUGCAAAUCCAGCUGAUCUGGGUUCAUCUCCCUGAGAAGAAUGAAGCUGUAUUUCAGUUUCAUCUCUGCUGUGAUGUCAAGAGGGAUAUAAAUGUGUGUGGUCAUCUAAUUUUAAUGAUGCUUUUUGUGAUACAGAUACCCAGGUGUUUGGAGUGGAACUGAAAUUGCCCAGGUAUUUUACACAGCUUCUGACAAAUAAUUUCUUGGAUGUCACAUCUCUGAGUUGGAGCCCUCUCAGUUAACCACUAACCUAGACAUGAAAGCCUGUACAUCUGACUACUGAAACCCUGAGUCAUUCUAUCCUUUAAUUAAAGUAUAGUCCUUUAAUAUGUUCCUCUUGCUUAAAAUUAUGAGAUAAUUAUUUCCUAGAGGAAAAUACCUAAUGAAUGCACUUUUAUUUAGUGUUUUCUAUAAAUUAGCUAAAUAAGGGGGAAAGCUUGAAAUAUCUGGGCAGUUGCAGGGGAUGCAUAUGUCAACCUCAAGCGUGAUUUAUCUUACAUGCAUUUUCUGACAGUUGUAAUUUAACAGCUGUAUUUUCCUCCAGGCUCUCAGGAGGCUAAACAUCUUUUCAAGUUUCUAGCUUUGUGGUGGAAGAGUAAAUGUCUGUUUGCCAUUUAUCUGAGUCAUUCUGGGAGAGGCGUGGAGCAAUUGAAGCGUGACUAUUAGCAUAAAUGAGAGGGACUCAUCCUGAGGGUAGUGUUACUCUUACACCUUUCAGAGGAAAGCUGCUUCCCCAUAACAACUGCUACUGCUACUUGACUGGCGUGAUACUAUGAACUAAAAGAUGUAAUAUAUUGAGUUCUGGUCUAUUGUGAUACUCUUUUGCAUUUCAGUUUGAAGUGGAGUUAGAGAACAGAGCAAGGAAGGAAGAGGAAAAUUUCUGCAGUAAGCGCAACAGUAGGUUACUGACAGUUAGCAUUUCAUGUACACUGAGGUGGUUUUGCUUUUAAAAGUUUGAAGAGAGAAGGAAUUAUAAAACCUGAACUCACUUCUUAGUCUCUCUGUAAUAGCACUGUUACCGCUGUAAGUAGUUGUCAUUGACAAUUUUGUUUUAAAAAAACGAAUUUAAAACUU